AUGGACUUGUUUCGUAUGCUCGGAGGCGGUGCUCGCUUUGACAAGAAGCGCUUCAAGGACGAUAUCGAGGUCUUCCAACCCAAGGCAGCUUCUACUGGCCUGAAUGCUGACGCCGAGGCUUCCCUUACUACGGAGCUCGACUUUUUCAAGAACAAGAAGCCUGCCGCGAAGAAGGCACCUGUCGCCAAGAAGCCCGUCAAGAAGGCUAAGAGCGACGGCGAGAGCGGAAGCGACGACGACGAUGAGGAUGACAGUGGCGAGAGCAGUGGCGAGGAUCAGACACACGAGGGCGAUGACGAAUCACAGGACGAGGAUAGCGACGAGGAAGACUCAGAGGAAGACGAACAGGAGGAUGAUGAGGAGUCGAUUGGAUUCGACAGCACCGAGCAGCUUUCAUUGUUCCGCAGCCACUUGAAGAUCAAGGUCUACGGAACCGAUAUCCCAAAUCCCUUUAGAUCCUUCAAUGGACUCGCUAAACAAUACAAAUUGGAGCCUUACCUUGAGCGCAACAUCCUCGCCUCUGGAUUCAAGAAGCCUACACCCAUUCAGAUGCAGGCUAUUCCUAUUAUUCUUCACGGACGUGAUGUGAUGGCUAUGGCGCCCACUGGUUCAGGAAAGACAAUGGCGUUCGUUUUGCCUAUCUUGCAUGAUCUCAAGGGACCCGAGAAGGUCGGAUACAGAGCUGUCAUCAUCUCCCCCACCCGUGAAUUGGCUACUCAGAUUUUCAACCAAAUCAAGAAAUUGAGCGUCGGAAGAAAGUUCAAGAUCUGCAUGUUGACCAAGGCUACGGCUGCCACUCAGGGACAGGCGCCUCACCUUCGCCAGAAAUACGAUAUCCUCAUCAGUACGCCCCUUCGACUCGUUCACGCCAUCCAGCAGGAGAAGAUGGAACUUGGACACGUGCGCCACUUGAUUCUGGAUGAGGCUGAUAAGUUGCUGGAACAAGGAUUCUUGGAACAGACGGACGAGAUUUUCGCAGCAUGUUCGCACCCCUCCCUCCAAAAGUCACUCUUCAGUGCCACGCUCCCCUCAGGAGUCGAGGCUCUCGCCAGUACAUUUAUGAGAUCGCCCAUCAGGAUUGUCAUCGGAUCCAAGAACGCCGCCACAGAGACCAUCAACCAAAAGCUUGUGUACUGUGGAUCUGAAGAAGGCAAACUCAUUGCUAUCCGCCAACUUAUCCAGGGCGGCCUCAAGCCCCCAGUGCUGAUCUUUGUACAGAGUAUCGAACGUGCCAAGGAAUUGUUCCACGAGCUGAUCUACGACGGUAUCCAUGUCGACGUUAUCCAUUCCGAGCGCACAAAAGCCCAGCGUGACAAGAUUGUCGAGAGUUUCCGCCAGGGUAAGGUGUGGGUUCUGAUUGCCACUGAGCUGAUGGCCCGUGGUGUGGAUUUCAAGGGCGUGAACCUGGUCAUCAACUACGAUUUCCCUCAGACGGUCCAGUCGUAUAUCCAUCGUAUCGGUCGUACCGGUCGUGCUGGUCGUUCUGGAGAGGCCAUGACCUACUUUACGAACGAGGAUCAGAUCUAUCUUAAGAGCAUUGUCAAUGUCAUGCGGGAAUCUGGAUGCGAAGUUGCCGACUGGAUGUUGGCCAUGAAAAAGCCAAGCAAAAACGAGAAGAAGAACUUGAGAAAGAUGCCAUUGGGACGCAGCACAAUCAACACAAUGUCGACAUACGACAAGAAGAAGAUUGCACACAAGCGGGAUAUCAUUGCCAACAGCAAGAAAAGGAAGGCAAGCGGAGGUGCUCCAGCACUUGUCAAUGGCGCCGAGAAGAGGAAGAAGGCUGCUGCUCCCGCCGAGUCUUCUUAG